UUCUCGGAUUCAAGUGAGUUGCGGAACGUAUUUCCCAACUUUCGCACCGCGUCUCACUUCAAAAAAAAAAAUAUAUAUAAAAUCUUUCUUCUCUCUCUAUAGUUUUUUUUUAAAAUCAAUUUUUCCAAAAGUAAAUUUUUGAAAGAACGAUUAUAACUUUUGAAGAAAAAAAAACAACUUUUUUUCACGUUUACGAAUUCAUUGUUCUUUGACUACAUAUAUAUAUAUAGUGACGCAAAGAAAGGUUUGAAACCACUCGAUGAAAAGUGGUAGACACCAAAAACGCGAACAAUCAAGUAACUAGCAAUAGUCCAAUUAGAUUCGGAACGUUCGUUAACAACAGUUGAACUUCCAAUUAUCGAUUGAACGGUGAUAAACUCGAAUACAGGGCAAGAAUGUUCUUCAAUGAAAGCGCCAUGUUGCUGCCGAUGGCCAUUGUCGGUGAUGCUGGACACAUGCAAGAUCGACUUUUAGGAUGGAACGUUCCACCGGAACACUCGGAUAUGGUACAUCCACAUUGGAGGGGAUUUUUGGCACCACAAAGAUAUUGGCAUAUUUGUUUAGCGCUCAUUUAUUUUAUGCUCAUGGUCCUUUCACUUGUUGGUAAUGGCUGUGUUGUUUGGAUAUUUUCAACGUCAAAAUCACUGAGAUCGCCUUCGAAUAUGUUUAUAAUUAAUCUAUCACUCUUUGAUUUAAUGAUGAUGCUUGAAAUGCCAUUACUAAUUGCCAACAGUUUUUUGGAACGAAUGUUAGGUUGGCAAUUGGGUUGUGAUAUUUAUGGUGCACUUGGCAGUAUUUCUGGAAUAGGUCAAGCUAUUACCAAUGCAGCCAUUGCAUUUGAUCGCUACAGAACUAUUUCGUGUCCCAUUGAUGGUCGACUUAAUGGAAAACAAGCAUUCGUUAUAGUUCUACUGACAUGGUUUUGGGCACUACCAUUUACUAUUCUACCAUGGAUUCGAGUUUGGGGUCGAUAUGUACCAGAGGGUUUCUUAACAACCUGCAGUUUUGAUUUUCUAACUGAUGAUGACGAUACAAAAGUAUUUGUAGCAAGUAUUUUCUUUUGGUCAUACAUUUUUCCAAUGACACUUAUUAUUUAUUUUUAUUCUCAAUUAAUGAAAUCAGUACGUCAUCAUGAAAAAAUGUUACGUGAACAGGCAAAGAAGAUGAAUGUAAAAUCACUUAUAUCCAAUCAAGAUAAAGAAAGAAGUGUUGAAAUGCGAAUUGCAAAAGUUGCAUUCACAAUAUUUUUCCUAUUUGUUUGCGCCUGGACACCAUAUGCUGUUGUUGCUUUGACUGGAGCUUUUGGAAAUCGUGAAACAUUAACGCCAUUUUCGACAAUGAUACCAGCUGUAUUCGCAAAAACUGUAUCCUGCAUUGAUCCCUGGGUUUAUGCAAUCAAUCAUCCAAGAUAUCGAUUGGAAUUACAAAAACGUUGUAAAUGGAUGGGAAUUCGUGAACCAGAAUUGACAACAGAUAGUACAUCGGCAACAACUGAAAGAAUGAAAGCUGAAGUAGAUGCAUAAAAAAAAAUUCAAAAAAAAAAAAAAGAAAAUGUUAGCUACGGUCGACGUAACAGAAAAUCAAUGAAUCAGUUUGAGAUGAA